UUCGAUUUGCAGAUACAAGGUUACCUAUACGAUGGAGUACUCAAAUCAUAGUCUGGUGGUGCUAUUUCUCCUAAUAUCUUUUAUUCUUACCGCUGAAACACACAUUAUAGAUGGAAUGGAAGCAAGUACAUCGAGAAAACAAAAAGAAGAUGUAAAUCUGGAAAGACAACUGCAAGUUCUAAACAAAAAGCCAAUUAAAACCAUCAUGACCAAAUUUGGAGAUACAAUCGAUUGCAUAAACAUUCAUAAACAACCAGCAUUCGAUCAUCCACUGCUAAGAGAUCAUAAGAUUCAAAUGGUCCCAAGCUCAUUUCCAGAAUAUACAAGCAAUAAACACAAUUCAACAACUAUUUUCCAAGUUUGGAAAAUCAACAAUGGGUCUCAGAGUAAACGAUGCCCAUUAGGGACAAUACCUGUCCGCAGGACGAAAAAAGAAGACUUAGUUUUAGCCCAAAAGCUAUUACGGGAGGCCGAUCAAAUCCAUACAAAUGCUUACACAUUCUCGCAUAUGAACCACCAUUUUGUAUCCGUCGAAGAACUUAGCGAAGGAAAAGCAUACUUUGGAGGGGCAGCUAAUAUGAGUGUACAUGGACUUGAACUAAAUUCCGAUGAAUUCAGCACUUCCCAAAUUUGGAUACAAAAUGGUCCGUCAGAAAAAUUAAAUAGCAUUGAAUUUGGGUGGAUGGCAUAUCCUACAUUCUUUGGUGAUAAUAGCAGUCGAUUAUUUGGUUAUUGGACGGCUGAUGGUAGCAAACAAACAGGAUCUUUCAAUAUGCUUUGUCCUGGUUUUGUUCAAGUUCAUAAUGAGAUAUCUUUUGGUGCGGAUUUUGACCCAAUAUCAGUCUAUGGAGAAGAUGCGUGUGUAGUAUCUUUCCAAGUACGUCGGGACCCACCAACUGGUAACUGGUGGUUGAUCGUUGACGGCAUCAAUAUAGGAUAUUGGCCAAAGGAAAUCUUUACUCAUUUAGCAAGCCAUGCUUCAGUUGUACGAUAUGGAGGUAUAGCAGGGUCAAAACCUCAAAUGCCAACACCGCCAAUGGGAAACGGAUAUUUACCUCAACUCCAAGACUUUUUGAAGACAGCUUAUAUGACCAGAAUGAAAUAUGCUGACGAAAAAGGGCAAUUUGUGAACAUAAACCCAUAUGGAGUACAAACUAAGCAAGAUACAACAUUAGACUGCUAUAAUAUUUUGUUCGCUGGUAAUUUAGGAUCAGACUGGGAGAUAUCAAUGGCAUUCGGAGGACAUGGUGGUAUGUGUCCAUAGAAAUUAAUACACUUGAAUAAUAUUUAAGUUAGUAAUUUUCUUGUAGUGGAAAGAUAUUUUAAAAUUUCAAGUAUCUUUUUCUUCAGA